AUGGCUGCACACAGUUUCAUUAAAUUGGACCCAGCUGUCGAACGAUGGAACCGGAUGCGUGAGGACGCAUACAAGCACUUCCGCUUCACUCCCAGAACAACUUUCGUAUCCCUCAUGGGCUUCGUCUUUGUUCCCGGUGCCAUCUACUACCUCUCCACUCAAACAACCAACAAGUGGUCAUGGGCAGGCAAGCGGAAAGACCAGGCGCUCGCUAAGCAGUCUUCGUGA